AUGGGCGCCCGCAAGCCGAGCCCUCUGCUCAGGGAAUUUGCUCGCUGGAAGGUGAAUAACUUGGCCCUGGAGAGGAAAGAUUUCUUCAGCUUACCACUGCCCCUCGCCCCUGAAUUCAUCCGCAACAUCCGCCUGCUGGGACGCAGGCCCAGCCUGCAGCAGAUCACCGACAACCUCAUCAAAAAGUAUGGGACGCACUUCCUGCUCGCCGCCACGCUGGGAGGAGAGGAGUCCCUGACCAUUUUUGUGGACAAACGCAAGCUGAGCCGGCGAGCAGAGCCCAUCGGUGCCGGAGGAGGGGUUGGGAACAGCUCCGUGGUCUCGCUGGAGACCCUGCACCAGCUGGCCGCUUCCUACUUCAUCGACCGGGAGAGCACGCUGCGCCGGCUCCACCACAUCCAGAUCGCCACGGCGGCCAUCAAGGUAACAGAAACGCGGACGGGGCCGCUCGGCUGCAGCAACUACGACAACCUGGACUCGGUCAGCUCCGUCCUGGUGCAGAGCCCCGAGAACAAAGUGCAGCUCCUGGGUAAGGGCCGGGGACGGACGCGGAGGGCAGAGGGACGGAAGGCCGGGGCAGUGGCGGCCGCCCUCAGCUACAUCGCCUGCAGCUCCGAGGGGGAGCUGGUGUGCCGGAGCAACGACUGCUGCUGCCAAUGCCGGCCUGCCUUCCCCCAGUGCAACUGCCCCGAGUCGGACCUCCAGGCCAUGGAGGCCAGCCUGGCCCAGCUCCAGCACGCCUGGGAGAACCAUCACGGCCAGUUCGAGGAGUCAGAGGAGUUUCAGGCCCUGGUGAAGAGACUCCCAGGGGACCGUUUCCUGAACAGGACAGCCAUCUCCCACUACUGGGCUAUGGACCUGGAUGUCCAGCAUCGCUACCAGCAGCUGGGCACCAGCUUGAAGCUGCUGUCCAGGAAAACCCACCGAAUCAUCCGACGGCUCUUCAACCUCAGCAAACGCUGCCACAGGCAACCUCGCUUCAAACUGCCAAAGGAGAGGUCUCUACCGUACUGGUGGAGCCGCGCUCAGUCGCUCCUGUACUGCAGUGAGACCACUGUGCCUGGGACUUUCCUGGAAGAAAGCCACAGCUGCACUUGCCCCUCUGACCAAGCCUCCUGCCAGGGGCCCAUACCAUGUGCCUUGGGCGAAGGGCCAGCCUGCGCCAGCUGUGCCGAGGACAACAGCACCCGCUGUGGGGCCUGCAACCAUGGCUACGUGCUCACCCAGGGCUUCUGCCGUCCCGAGGUAGCUGACUCCCUGGAGCACUACCUGGGGCUCGAGACGGACCUGCAGGACUUGGAGCUUAAGUACCUCCUCCAGAAACGGGACAGCCGCAUUGAGGUGCACUCUAUCUUCAUCAGCAAUGACAUGCGCUUGGGGAGCUGGUUUGACCCCUCCUGGAGGAAGCGCAUGCUCUUGACCCUGAAGAGCAACAAGUACAAACCUGGGCUGGUUCACGUGAUGUUGGCCCUCUCCCUGCAGAUCUGCCUCACCAAGAACAGCACCUUGGAGCCUGUCAUGGCCAUCUAUGUCAACCCCUUUGGGGGAAGCCACUCAGAGAGCUGGUUCAUGCCCGUCAACGAGGGCAGCUUCCCAAAUUGGGAAAGGACUAACGUAGAUGUCUCUGCCCAGUGCCAGAACUGGACGCUCACUUUAGGGAACAAGUGGAAGACCUUCUUUGAAACGGUCCACGUCUACUUGCGAAGUCGCAUCAAGUCUCUGGAUGACAGCUCCAAUGAGACAAUCUACUAUGAACCCUUGGAGAUGGCAGAUCCCUCCAAGAACCUGGGGUACAUGAAAAUCAACAGCUUGCAAGUCUUUGGCUACAGCCUGCCCUUUGAACCGGACGCUAUUCGCGACCUGAUCCUUCAGCUGGACUACCCCUACACACAGGGCUCCCAGGAUUCAGCCAUGCUACAGCUCUUAGAGAUCAGGGACCGGGUGAACAGGCUGUCACCCCCUGGCAAAAUCCGCCUCGACCUCUUCACGUGCUUGCUCCGCCACAGGCUCAAGCUGGCCAACAAUGAAGUGGCAAGGAUCCAGUCCUCCUUGAGGGCCUUCAAUGCCAAGCUGCCGAACACGGUAGAGCAUGAGACAGGCAAGCUGUGCAGCUAACAGCCAGGGCUGCGCAGAGCUCAGAGCGAGGGGGCUGGGAAAAAGGACUCCAAAAAAAAAUUUUAAAAAAAUCUUAAAAAAGAAAAUUAAAGCAAGGCCUUACCUUAGUGCCAACUGCGUGCUUCCACGGUGCCCCCAGUGAGCGGCUGAAGAGUUGGCAGGGCUCACGCUGAUGGAGGAAGCUGGCAGGAGUACACAGGGUGGCUCGCACAGCUCAGACUGGCUUCAGGCACAGGGACGUUGCCAGCAAGCCCAGCCUGCAGCGCUUUAGUUUUAAUGCACCUUGUGGCUGUCACACUGGGGAGGACGCGCGGCUCCCGUGGUUGAUGCAGGGUGGGGGAAGCAGCUGGACAAGAGGCAGCUGCGGGCAGGUGAGGAACAAACCCUGAGGUGCCGUCAGCCCAGCGCACUGAGGGUCCUCCGCGCCCUGUCCUGGGGAGAAACCGGCGACGUCCUCACUUUUGUAUUCUUUUUAAGAGAGGUUUCUACCACCACAUUUGCUUUACAUCCCUGUGCUCCUUCCUACGGCUGUGUCCUUGCACACAAGCCCGUGGCAUGGGGCUGGGGACAUCCCCCGGGGCCUGUUUGCCCCGCCGUGGUAAGGGCGGGCGUCUCGGUGAGCAUCCCUCUUCCGCCGCGCUCGACCAUGGUACGCCAAGCCGAGGGGCAUCGUCAUCGCUCACGCGGGCAAGGACUCAGCAUCCGCCCCAUGGACGUUGCUGUUACGGACGGAGGUGGAGAUCUCUGGGCCACUUUUCCUUAUGACAACAACAACAACAAAAAAAAAAGAAAAGAAAGAAAAAGUUUUAUUUAUGUAUUUGAUUGUUUUGUUUUGGAGGGCUGCUUUUUUUUUUUUUAACCUAUUUAUCUGGGGAGGGUCAUUCUUUGUCAGUGGCUCCA